UUUAGCCUAUUUAUUAUGGUAUCUCAGAUUUUAAUUUUGUUGCUAAACCGCCAACUGCCAUGUUCAAAUACUUAACCGUUGCUUCCCGCCUUAAUCAAACCCUAAUAUCAAACCACCUAUUCAAGUCCCAAACUCACCAAAUUCUUCAUAAUUUGCUAGAAAAAUGCACUUGUAUGAAACAAUUGAAACAAAUUCAUGCCCAAAUUAUCCUCAAUAGCCUCACUGAUCAGACUCUAACUCUUGGCAAGUUAGUAUCUUUUUGUGCUGUUUCUGAUAAGGGCAAUUUAGACUAUGCUCAGCUAGUUUUUGAUCAAAUUCCAAUACCCAAUAAGUUCAUGUACAAUAGUCUAAUUAGAGGUUACUGUAACUCUAACAAUUCAAUGAAGUCGAUACUUUUAUACCGCGAAAUGAUCGAAUUCGGUCAUUCUCCUAAUGAAUUCACUGUCCCUUUUGUGCUUAAAGCUUGCGGUAAUGAACUCGCGUAUUGGAUGUGCAUGAUUAUUCAUGGUCAUGCUAUAAAGUUGGGUGUUGUGCCACUUGUUUGUGUGGAAAAUGGUUUGAUAAAUGCUUAUGUUACUUCUGGGUUUAUCGGGUAUGCACGGCAAGUGUUUGAUGAUAUGUCUGAUAGAAAUUUAGUUUCGUGGAAUUCGAUGAUUGGUGGGUAUUCUAAAAUGGGUUGGUGUAAGGAAGCGUUUUUGUUGUUUAAAGAGAUGAGGGAAAAGGGAAUGAAGCCUGAUGAAUUUACUUUAGUUAAUUUGCUUUCGGUUUGUUCGCAGAGAUGUGAUGUGAAUGUAGGUAAGUUUGUGCAUUUAUAUGUUGAGAUUACUGGCAUGGAGAUAGAUUUAAUUUUUAAGAAUGCUUUAGUUGAUAUGUAUGCUAAAUGUGGGGAUCUGCAGUCAGCUGAGAGAGUUUUCGAGGGGAUACAUAAUAAGAAUGUGGUUUCUUGGACUUCUAUGGUUAGUGCUUAUGCUAGACAUGGCCUUGUUAAAUUUGCAAGGAUGAGUUUUGAUCAGAUGCCAAUGAAGAAUGUAAUUUCUUGGAACUCAAUGAUUUCCUGUUAUGUUCAGGGAGGUCAAUGCGGAGAAGCUCUAGAUCUAUUCCAUGAGAUGCUUAAUUUGAAAGUAAAGCCGAAUGAGGCUACUUUACUUUGUGUUCUUUCAGCCUGUAGUCAAAAUGGCGAUUUAGUCAUGGGAAAGAAAAUCCAUGAUUAUAUCCACAACAUUAAUAGCACAGAUAUUGUCACUCUAUGCAACUCACUUAUAGACAUGUAUGCAAAAUGUGGUGCUCUUAGGAUUGCCAUCGACGUGUUCAAUGAGAUGCCGAAAAAGAAUGUAGUUUCUUGGAAUGCAAUUAUAGGUUCCCUAGCAUUACAUGGCUGUGGAUCCGGAGCUGUUCAGCUUUUCGAAAAGAUGCAAGUUGAAGGCAUUUGGCCUGAUGAAAUAACCUUCACAGGAUUGCUUUCGGCUUGUAGCCACAGUGGCCUUGUCGAUAGUGGAUUACAUUAUUUUGACAGAAUGAGCUCUGUUUAUGGGAUUAAACCCGAAAUUGAGCAUUAUGCAGGCAUGGUUGAUCUUCUUGGAAGAGGAGGUUUCUUAGACGAAGCGGUUAAUUUAAUAAGAGGAAUGCCGAUGAAGCCUGAUAUUGUAAUAUGGGGUGCUUUACUUGGCGCCUGUAGGAUCUACGGAAACAUUGAGAUAGGGAAACAAAUUCUUAAACAAAUCUUGGAAUUGGAGCGGUACAGUUCAGGUGUUUAUGUGCUUCUUUCAAAUUUGUUUUCUGAAGCUGGAAGAUGGGAAGAUGUUAAGAACAUCAGAAAACUAAUGAAUGAUCAUGAGAUCAUCAAAUGCAGAGCUGUUAGCUUAAUUGAAAUCGAAGGACGUGUUAAUAAAUUCAUGGUUGACGACAAAAGACCUGAAAUUUCGAGCGAUGUGUACUCUUUACUCGAUCAACUGACUGAUCAUCUGAAGUCAGUAAGAAAUUUCUACAUGUCCAGUGAGCUAUCAGAAUCAUGGGAGCUAUAAUGGAUAAAAGCCUUGACAAAGUUACAGAACAUCAGAAUAGACUAGUGCUAACUGUAAGUAUACACUAACUCUUAUUUAUUUGCAAUAUUAUUGUUCUAUUAUUUGUUUACAUGCUAAUGUUUAUUAAAACAUUUGGAUAUCCUUCCUA